CAGCUUGUUUUUUUCUUCUCCUUCUUAAGGGGGACUGCAAAUUAAUUUGGGCAACCCCUUCAAAGUCAUAACCAGGACUUUUUCUUUUAACAAAAUAACAACCAGUGAUCUUAAAACGAAUAAUAAAGGAAAUUUUGUGGUGAGAGACGAAAAUAUACUGAGACAAAUCUAUAUGACUUGAAUGUUUUGAGAUGAAUACAAUAAUUUUUUUUCAGGUAAACCAUUUUCUCCCGGUGGGACAUAAACCUGAACCAAAUAGAGAUCGUGAGUUUCGAUGUUUGACAGCAGCCCUGUGGUCAAGGCGUAAAAAGAGCAGGAAACUCCUGCAGCCACACGCAGCUACUACAGUUUUCAAAGAAAUGCACUUCCCUUAAAAGACUGUGUGAAACACAAAGGCUUAUCCAGUUGUGCGACAAUGCUGCUGCUCGCCCUGAACUUGCAUGCAUCCACUGGACUGCCGCUGCCGCUGAGCGCAGAAAAUAGCACACAGUGCGCAUUGCUCUUCAAGAGCCUCCGGCUGAAUAUCACGAAGCUUCUCAAAAGUGAAGAUUUGUGUUAUGGCCUGAUCCAAUCUAAUGAAGUGACAGUGAGGGGCGUCGAAACAGUACAGGCCUGCGCACCUUCUGGGACUCAGAACUCUGGUUGCGUGAUGCUGACAAAUUCGUCCUUCAAUGAGAGUGAGUGUGUGAUCAACAUCAUGAGGGAUUUGGCCUACUAUGAUGCUGCUAUUUCAUCGUACCUCGAGUCCCCACUCUACAGGCCUGAUAAGGAAGUUCCACUUCUGAGCCCUACUCUGGGACUCAUCCAGGACCUGAGGAAGAACUGUUCCCCGGAGACACAAAGAGGGCACAACUCUUCCGAGGACACAGACAAUCUGUGGAAUAAUGACUCCUAUAUAAACCGGCAGAAGAUGUGUAAGAUUAUGAGAGGCUUCCAUGCACGUGCCAUCACCAUUAACCGAGCCAUUGGCUACAUCUCCUCCGGGGACCACAGGAAGUAAACAAACAGAAGCUUCAACAACAUCACCAUCAGUCCUGUCAAUAUUGCAGUAUUUCCCCUCCAUAAGAUUUACCAUAACAGUCAUUCAUAUCACAAGCUACUGCAUCUGUGGUGCUUCACACCAAACAAAGCUGCUCAGGCAUAAGCUAGCUGUGUGGACCCCCUUCUCUUUGUGUGAGCCAAGGGUCCACCAAUCUAAGGUUAGUAAAGGUCAUGUUGGCCUGUUUCAGUAUGAAUGUAUUCCAGUAUUGUGGAAAACUAUUUAUUUAUGUGAUAUUUAUUUAAUGAAGGAUUUUAUUUAUUUGAUGGCCUGUGAUGUUAUUUAUUUAUAAUACAUUAUUUGUUUCUGCAAACCUGAAGUUAAAGCAGUGUUUUGUGAGAAUGUUGCUUUAUAUGUUUAUAAAUAACAUCUAGUAAAAGGAUAUGUACAAAUUGCCCACAAAUGUUUAAUUCCAUACUUUUCCAGACUCAAGUUUUUCACAUUCUGUGGCCCAUUUUUAAUGUCUGCAAUGCCAUGAAAAAGUAUUACCCACUUAGAUAUUUCUUCUUUUGGCUUCUUUUGCUUUUUUGUCACAUUUAAAUGUUUGAAGUCAUGACAUUUUAACAUCAGACAAAGAUAACCUGAGUAAAUGCAAACAGUGUUGAGGUAGUGCUUAGUUACUACACGAAAUCUAUGUGAAAAGUAUGGCCUUUUAUACUUAAGCUUUCAUGGCAUUGUACACUCAUUUAGUCGUAGCUUCCAUUGCAAUGGACAUCAAAAAACACAAAUAAACACAUGAGAAUAUAAACAUUUAUUCUCCCCUCUAUUUCUAUGUUGAAGAGGUGUAAAUAUCAGCUGAAUAAAAGGUUUUUCAGCUGCCAUACUGAUUACCCCUUCAAAUCAGGUCUGAAGGGGUUUAAUUUGAAUUUAGUCCAUGAAGUAGACAAAUUUGGGUAAAAUACAAAUUGCAGACAUUUGGCAUAACUGGGUGAUAUUGUAAGGAUGAAAAGGGGUUGUUUGUCACAUAUGUUAAAUUUUGCCUAUACAUACAUACUCCACAGGAAUGCAGAAUAAUAUUUAAUCACAUUUCUGGGUGUGAAACUAGACCACAAACCUUCCUUGAAACCUCAAGACAUGUAAAAAUGAAAAUAGCAAAAGGUUUAUCAGUUUUGGGAAAUCAAGGCAAAAUGAACCAUGGAGCAAUGAACAUUCUGUAUAAUGGACUUGUGCGACCUUUUCUCAUUUACUGUAUGGCAGUAACUGAGAAAUACCUAUUCAACAACCCUACACCCACUAUACAUAUAAUCAGGUCCGUAAAUAUUGGGACACUGACUCAAUUCUCAUCUUUUUGGCUCUAUAAACCACCACAACAUAUUUGAAAUGAAACAACCAAGAUGUGCUUAAACUGCAGACUUUCAGCUUUAAUUUGAGAGUAUUUACAUCCAAAUCAGGUGAACGGUGUAGGAAUUACAGCCGUUUGAAUGUAUGCUUCCUACUUCUCAAGGAACCAAAAGUAAUGGGACAAUUGGCUGCUCGGCUGUUCCAUGGCCAGGUGUGUGCUCUUCCCUCGCUAUCCCAUUCAUAAGGAGCAGAUGAAACAUCCAGAGUUUAUUUCAAGAUACUGUUGCUGUUAAUUCUCAAUAUGAGAUCUAAAGAGCCGUCACCAUCAGCAAAGCAAGCCAUCAUUUGGUUGAGAAAUCAAAACAAACCCAUUUGAGAGAUAGCAAAAAUGUUAGGCAUGGCCAAAUCAACAGUUUGGAACAUCAUCAAUAAAGAAUGAUCACAUCAGUGAGCUCAACAACACCAAAAGACCUGGAGGACCACUGAAGACCAAUGUGGUGGUUGACCAAAGAAUUUGUUCCCUGGUGAAGAAAAACCCCUUCACAACAAGGGGGAAGAUCAAGAACACUCUCCAGGAGGUAGGUGUAUGUGUGUCAAUGUCUACAAUCAAGGGAAGACUUCACCAGAGAGAAUACAGAGGAUUUACCUCAAGAUGUAAACCAUUGGUGAGCCUCAACAACAGGAAGGCCAGAUUAGAGUUAGCCAAAAAAACAAAGCUUUUACAGUUCUGGAACAACACUCUAUGGACAGAUGAGACAAAGAUUAACUUGUACCAGAGUGUUGGGAAGAGAAGAGUAUGGCGAAAGAAAGGAAAGGAACUGCUCAUGAGUAAAAACAUACCACCUCAUCAGUGAAGCAUGGUGGUAACAUCAUGGCAUGGGCUUGUAUGGCUGUCAAAGGAACUGGUUACCUUGUAUUUAUUGAUGAUGUGAAUGAAAACCAGCAAGAUAAAUUCUGAAGUGUUCUGGGCAAUAUGAACUGCUCAUAUUUAGCCAAGUGCCUCCGAAUUCAUAGGCUGCCGCUUCACUGGGCAGAUGGACGACCCAAAGCAUACUGCAAAAGCCACCAAAGAGCUUUUUAAGGCAAAGAAGUGGAAUGUUAUUCAAUGGCCAAGUCAAUCACCUGACCUGAAUCCGAUUGAGCAUCCACUUGCUGAAAACCAAACUGAAGGGAAAAUGCCCCAAGAACAAGCAGGAACUGAAGACAUUUGUAAUAGAAGCCUGGCAGAGCAUCGCCAGAGAUGAAACCCAGCAUCUGGUGAUGUCUCUGACUAGGCUGUGAUUGACUCCAAAUGAUUUGCAUCCAAGUAUUGAAAAUGGAAUCACUGAAUAAUUAUUGUUACCUUGUCCCAUUACUUUACGUCCCUUGAGAAGUGGGAGACACACAUUGAAAUGGCUGCAAUUCCUACACUGUUCACCUAAUUUGGAUGUAAUGUGAUUUGUCUGCAGUUUAAGUAUAUCUAAUAAAUCUAUUGUGGUGGUUUGGGGGGCAAAAAGAUGAGAGCUAAGUCGAUGUACCAAUAUUUAUGGGUCUGACUGUAUUACACCAAAGCAAUCGCGAAUGUAAAUAACGCAGGAAACAGAGAAUACACGUUCUCACUGUUUUUAAAGUCACAAAUAUUGAAAUUGGCCAAAUGGACAAAGUUCAAUACAACAAUUGGUAUGUUUAGGGCAAAAAACCAUUUACUUCUAGGCAAUAUCCAAAAAUAAUCAGGGACACAGACGGGGGUUAUAAUUUAAGAGGGAAAGUAAAUAGAAACAGAGCAUGUUCUUAAAGUAAAAAGUAGUUUGCGUUUUUGUGGGUUGUGGGGUGGAUCUAUGGUAGGUUUGGGUGAUGGCUAGAAGCAAAGCAAGUUUUGUUUGUUGUGAGGAUUGAUCUUUGUACUUGUCUGUCAUAUGGGAUUCAAACAUUGGUUGCUGUUGUCACUAAUCUCCCAUAUAUUAUUGAAACUGAAACAAAUGUGAUGUUAAUGUUUGUGUUUUAAGUUUUUUUUUUUGGGAUGUAAAUAAUUUGGAGAGGUGAUAUAUUUAAAAGGAGGUAUGGAAUAAUUAGUUUUUGUACCAACUACUUUAAGAAAAAUAUGUUUUUUUAUGUCUGAUAGGUUUCAACCUUGUUGUUUUUCCUUUAACUAACUAAACCCAAUUAACACAAAGUUUGUUAAAUGAUAUCACUCUGUUUUGCAGCUCUGGUUGCGGAGUUCUUGCAGCUUUUCCUUGUGUGGUGUCUGACAACUAUUAUAUACAAAUGGUGCAGUGGGGGACCUCUGAGGCCUUCACAAGAGUUUUGUACUUGAGUUAUUUUGAAGGAUGAAAUGUUUUGGCCGGAAAGAACAGAAUUGCUGUUCUUGGCACCUUGAGCAAUACAGAACAAAUUUCUCUGUUCUUGCAAAGUAUAUAUUGGCCUUAAGGGGGCUGGUAAUGCACAUUGGUGCUAAAGUUUCCAAAGUAGUAGUCAGAGGUUAGCUACAUUGUCAGGUCAGCAGUCAUUUAGACACUUGACCUUGAGGUAAGAGGACUUUUUGUGUUUUUCACAUUAAAAUCUAACUUUCUGUUCUUCUGUGCUCCUCUUCUAAGGCUUUUACAGAAUAUGUUUAUAACUACUUAUUACUACUCUAACCCUUAAAAGUAUAAAAGGAGAGCUAUAGAUAGGAUAAUUUUAUUCUUUGCUAUGCUUCAUUACUAACAGAAAAAAGAUCCCAGUUGGAGAUGUUUGUCUCACAUGACAACCAAUCCCAUUGUUGGCAUACACAUGCAUGAUGUAAUACAUCUAGUCCUUUCUUUCUUUGUGGACUGGAAAAUUGGGAGGGUAAUUUGUAUGUCUACCACUGUAUCUAUAAGAACUGUGACUCAGAAAGGGAGUGAAUGAAAUAACAGGGAUUUUGCACAGGUUUAUUUCUGUUCUGGAGUUUUGUUCUUGAUACUGUUAUACUACUUGAUACUAGUUUCCCAUCAGUUUUGUACUGGCCUCUUUGAAAUGCUGGAACAUAUUGAUGAAAUAAAACAAUUGUCAAAAAAUGUAAACAUUUCUUGAUCACUGCUAAUAGAGUUCAAAUAUUUAGUUUGUCUUGACUGAAACGUAUUGAGAACAUACCGAACAGUGAUUUUAAAGCCAAGGUAUGUAUGAACCAUGAUUUUUAAAUUUUUGGUGUACAAUUACAUCCCUAUAUCUUUGGUAUGCUUUCUCCCCGUAUUUAUUAAGAUCAUCAUUUAAAAACUGCUGUUGUAUUUACUGAGGUUAUGUUUGACUGGUAUUAAACUUUGUUUGAUGAUUUGACACUUAACUGUGAUAAGACAGCAAAAACUUAAGACAUGUAUAAAGGGAGAAAUACUUUUUCACAGCAAUGUAAUUUACAUACAAAAGAUUCCUUGAAAUUAACAGCAGACAUUUUUUCUACAGUGAUCAAGCUUUUUAUGACAUAUGGUUAAAACUCCACUAAAUUUGAAUUAAAAAUAAAAAAACGGGGAAUAACAUUCUUUUGAAAAUUAACACCUGUUUUCCUAAAGAUAUUUUUGUUCUGAAAAACAUAGGGUUUAAAUGUGUGUUAUGAUCCACAGGUGUUUGUGUGUUUAUCAUGUCCAUCUUUUUAUUAUGUUCUUUGGGUCUUGCCUUAUUCAGUAGUUAUUUUUGCCAUUAGGAUUUUGCCAUAUUAGUUUAUUUCUUUGUGUUUAGUUUUGUAGACUGUUCUUUGUACAUUGGGAUUUAGUUCUCUUACAUCUCCGUUAUGCUUUCCCCCUUGGUUUUGUCUUAGUUUAGCCUGAUUCCUUUUUGUCUCCCUCCCUUGGUUCCCCUGUCUUUGUUCUGCCACAACUGUCUCACAUCUCCUCUGAUUAGCUCAUUCGUCAUCUUCCACGCCUGCUUCAGUAUAAGCUCCUGACUUCUUAUUGUUCACUGCUGGAUUCUUGUUUAACCACCUUAUAUUCCAGUCCUCCAUCAUCCUGCCUGUGCUCUAUGUUCUAGUCUCCUUGUGCCACACUGCCUGUAAGUUUUCGGUUUUGUUUAUUAAAAGGCUCUGUUGCCAGUCGAUCUGCACAUGAUAUUGAACAAAUACAAAUAUUUGCUGAUUUUACAGCUGGAAGAAAACUGGAAUAUGUUUUGUUCUGAUUCCCAUAACCUGCGUAUAUUGUAAUAAAUAUCUUCAUUAGUCUGCAAGAUGAGUGUUUGGUGAAUUUGUUUUUGGAUUUCCUCUAUGUGCCUCAAUUACAGUAAUCAUGAAGAGGCUUUGUACAUCAAUAUGUGAGCUGUAACAAGAGAAAUGUUAGUGUGUGACUGAGACCAAGUCAAAAUACAUGCUUUAUAAAAUGG